CUCUGUCUUCACAAUCACAAUGGACCCGAAAUGUUUUCUCCUUGUUAUUUCUACACUUGUGCAACAAGUGCUCGUAGAAGUGGUUCCCCAUGAGACGUCGUUUGCAGCUGUAGUGGAGAUGGUGUCAGGAGACUCCAGGAUCUUCAGUGGGGAAGGUUUCCAGCUGAGAUGCAGCGUUCCUGAUGAGCAUAACUCCAAGUGGACUUACCUGUGGUUUAAGGAUGCUGACCAGCUGCCACAGUCUGAGCAGAAGCUAGAUUGGUGGAAAGCCAGGGUUCGAGAUAGUGGGAAAUUUUACUGCCAGGGAGUGAGGGACACUGUGGUGGGAAAAAUACACACCCUCAAAAGUCUGCCUAUGGAGAUCAUCGUCGACGGAGGAUGGGCCUUUCUGCAAGUGCCAAAUCCAGGCUUUGUUAAGGAGACCUUGAAGCUCACGUGUCGCAUUCGAGGCAACCUCCCACUUCAUGAAGUGAUCUUGUACAAGGACGGCGUGGAAAUUAUGAAACAGGAAGGCCGUAACCCACAUUUUUAUCUGAACAACUUGACCCUCGAAGACCAAGGAAUGUACUCUUGCCGUGUGUCCUGGGACAAAGACAGACGCACACACUCUGCAAAUUCAGUUGAUGCUCCAGUGAAGGUGUUAGAGCAUCUGUCAGAGCCAAUUUUGGAGAUUGUGGUAGACAAUAACCCGAGAGCAAAAAACAUGAAACUCAUCUGCCACGUUCAGUACAACGUCCCCGCGCCCGCUCCUCCCGUAAGCUACUACUUCUACAAGGAUGGCGUCAAAAUGGGAACAGCACUGUCUGAGAACCAUACUUUGGUCAGACGGACCCCGGGUCAGUACAGCUGUAAGGCCAGGGUGGCUCAGUUAGGACUCAUCGCAUGGAGUGAACCAAAAGCUCUGGGCAGGUGAUGCAUCCUUAAAGCUGAAUCAACAGCCGUCCAGGCUCCACUGCAGCACCUGCACCUUCAUUCUGAGCAUCAUCCAAAUCUUCAGGUCCUCCAAGCUCUCUGCUUUCUCCAGUCCAUGUCUAUCAACCAAACCCAGUGCUUUAUGUAACGGAUGUAACAAGUGCUUUCAAUUUAGGCCAGAUCAUAAGAUAUAGUUUUGCUCAUGGAGAAUAUAUAUGACAUGGACAACAGAUAAAAAAAGAGUAACAAAACUAUUCUUUAUUGGCAGGAAGCCACUCUUCAAUUGCAACAAAUGAAAAAGUUCAGCUUUGACUGAAUUUAUAUUUCUCUCUAUAUUGGAAUUUACCAGUAAACAACCUCAGUUGUAAACAACAAAAUAAACAAAUGUACAAUAUGAAUGCUGUUCAAAAUGUAAAUAAAACAGAAAAAUAAUAAAGUCCAAAAAUAAAGUCAACUGUCCACA